GCUCGCAGCCGCACAGCACUGCACCACAGGUGCCGGAGGACGUCGGCGGGUCCUGCCGUGGUGAUCCCGGCGCCUAGCUUGGCCCACAAGCAGUCCUCGCCUCGCACGAGCCCGCAUAAAAGGCGCACCCGAUCCGCUGGACGAAGAUGGAGUGACCGGCGCAGUCCAGGCCACGCAGACCCGGCUCGACGCUCCUCUUCCCGCGCAGCGGAGCCGAACCCCGCACAGCCCCUCCAGGAAAGGGAAGCCGCUAUGGACCGCGGCGGCCCCGCAGGCAGCCCCCUGAUCGCCAGCAGCGAGCCCGCGCCCCUGGUAGCCACCGCCCGAGACUUGAGCCCGGGACGGACCGCGCCGGGACCCUCGGGCCCAGGCGGCGGCGCGCGCUCAGGAGGCGGGCGGCCGGCGGCAGCGAACGCGGCGCGGGAGCGCAGCCGCGUGCAGACUCUGCGGCACGCCUUCCUGGAGCUGCAGCGCACGCUGCCGUCGGUGCCGCCGGACACAAAGCUGUCCAAGCUGGACGUGCUGCUGCUGGCUACCACCUACAUUGCGCACCUCACCCGCAGCCUGCAGGACGACGCCGAGGCGCCGGCGGACCCAGGACUGGGCGCCCUUCGCGGAGAUGGUUACCUACACCCGGUCAAGAAAUGGCCCAUGCGAUCAAGAUUGUACAUUGGUGCUACUGGUCAGUUUCUGAAGCAUCCUGUCUCCGGAGAAAAAACAAAUCAUGACAAUAUUCCAAAAGACUCUCAGCCUUAGGCUCUCCCCUGAUGGGGGCUAGUAGAAAGUGAUGUUGUUGUUUUUAAAUGAUAUGAAAUAACUAUAUUUAUUACAUCAGGUAUAACAAGCAUUAUUUCUGAAAGUUUUCAUGUGAAUCCAUAGUUGGAUAUUCUGAUUUAUCUAAUCUAAGUAAAUGUGGAAUGAAAUCUUCAGUCAAAUGUAAAAAUACACAGCUUGUCUAUUCAGUGUGACAGAGUCACUACUAUAAAUUGCAGGAGAAACUAAUGGGGAAAAAAAGAAACCCAUAGGACAGCAAAGAAUUGUGUAUAUAGCCAAAGAAUACUUGUGUUUUCUGUAGUGUAUCUAUCACAAACUCAUUUAUACAAUCUUCCUGGUUUAAAAAAAUAAAAACUCGGUUUGUAAAACACCAGUAUUUCAUUUUUGUGAAAACCAAUCUGUGCUUAAAAUUGGUCUAAGAAGCCAUUCCAGCUGGAAGGUGCUAGAUCAUUUACUCAGUUUUAGCUGAAUACAUGUGGAGACUAUUGAGCUAUAUGGUGAUGCAGUAACUUCUAUAACUUUUUCCCUCUUAGAAAAAUUGUUUGGAAUAAUAGAAAUGGUUUGCUUCCUAGGACAAGUCUUGGCCACCUUCUUAGAGGAUAAUUAAAUAUCUUACUAUGUUUCCAAAUUAUGGAAGGCACUGAGCCUCCCUGCAACCCUGUGUGAACAGCAGAUGGUUGUCACUGGGUAGCAGGGUUUGCCACCCUCCCUGCACCCCAGUCACUCCACAUCCACCCCACUCUCAGGUCCUGGACUAGAUAAACAGGUUUAGCUGUAGCCCCUAGAGAGAGUGGCAUGUUCAGGCCUGUUGGGGGCCUCCACACCUCCUUGACCUUCACAGUCGCAACCUUAGCCAGGUUCUUUCUCCCCUUGUCAGCUACUGUUCACAGUGAACCUACUUGACCCUUAUGAAAUAGAAGUCCUUUCUGACUUGGGACUUCUGGGGCUGAUCUGUACCUUGAAGAGGUCUAAGGACACAGAGUAACCAUCCUGAGAUACAGGAUGCUCCGAUUUGGACCCACAAGCAGGAAAAGCCCUCUGCUCUGGGUCUCUCCCACUGCCCCGCACACGAAGUACCCAGGGAACAGCUCUUUUGCCUGACUGAACCAGUAGUUUCAGUUCUGGCAAGAGCUUGGUGAUCCUAGCUGAGAAGUGGAGAUAUUUACCAGGGAACACAUCGAAUCUCAGAACAACAGAGUGUAGUAGAGACACUUGUAAAAAAAAAAAAUUAUCAGUCUCUUUUGUCAUCUCUGCUGAUUUAGAUUCCCUUUUAUCCUUUUUUUAUUUUUCUCCUCACUCUUCACUGUCCAGGUGUGUAAAGGUCAUUCAUUUCUUGAUAAUCCACAGUUUUAAAGUUGCUGGGUUUGGUCCAAGAUUAUUAAAUAGAAAUGUGUAUGAAUGGCCUUGGUUGAAUUAAUAUAGCAACUGAACCACCAUUUCAUUUCCUCCUCCAUUUAACUCCAGCUUUUGGCAGUGAAAUGAAAUAAAAGACUAUUUGAAGGCAAAGUUGAUUUGAGGAUGAUCAUGUCUUAGCUCAUGUCUGAUAGUUUGUAACUUUUAUUUUAAUGUGAAUAUACUCAUUGUAAUGUGACCAAAGCAUGUCUUUAAAAAGAAAAGACAUAUAAUAAAAAAUGUCUACAUAUUAACAUGUAGCAAAAAUGUUUGUAUAUUUAAAUAUUUGUGAGUAUACUUACCCACUCAUAUGCCAUUGAAAGGAAUACAAAAUAAAAUGAGAUGGAUACAGCCAUUCAUUAUUGUAAAUUAUUAGAAUAAAAAAGUGCUAAAAAUAAUCUUUUCUCUUAAGGAAUGAAAUCAGAACUUCUUUAAAGUUACCUGGAACUGAACUGAAAACACUAAAUGUGAGAGUAAGAAUUUCAGGGGAAAAAAUCCCAUAUUUAAAGCAUUUAGUUGGGGAAUAAUUAUGAUUUGUGUUGAAUUAUCAGACUUUUCUAAAUCCUCCUUCUAAAUUGUUAGUCACUGUCUUAACAGUAUUACUUUUUUUUUAACAGUAUUACUUUUUAUUUCUUCUUGUCCAGUUAUAAAUGUCUUAAUUCCAAAGAACUAUAGUUCUGUCAUGAGCUUUAUAACAUUUUAUUAAAUUGCUAAAUAGGGUAACAGCUUUUGGUAGGUUGGAAAACUUGAGGUGAAAUUGAAUAUUUUCACCCAAAGUUUAAAAGAAGCAUGCUGUUUAAUUAAUUGUACCUGGUCAAGAUAAAAGAUAUUACUAAAAUAAAAUAAAGCACCAAUUUGAA